CUCCAUCAUCAUGCGUACAACAGCAAUGGAAGCAAUCGCAAUACUACAGCAAAACGCUUCUCUUCUCAAUUACCAUUUCUCCAUCGAUUCCCUUCCCUCUCUUCUCCCACCAACAGAACCAACCACCACUAUCUCAGGAAUUAGAUGAACCCCGACCUGAGGAUACACACAGUAUACUCGGGUCUUCAGUUUCUACAACUAGGGCCCACAGUUCAGGGAUCCAGACCAUUGGUCUGUUGGGUCCCACCUUGGUGGACCAUGCCCGCAAGAAUCUCCUUCACAGGGCAAACCUAAUCUUUUCAAAAUUUUCACAUGCAAGUGAACAGUCAGAGAGAUGCAGGGGCGCUUUCUCUUUGAACUGAACAAAAUGGCCAUUACUUCUGACUACAAUGUACAAAUCUGGGAGUGUUUGGCUUUGGUCCAUCUAGAGUGGGCCCCACUUGUAGAACUGAAUCCUCCAGUAUGCAGUGCAUAUCCUUGGGUGGAGGAUCACAUAAUUCCUCCAUGAACUAUAUACUUAUUCACAGGUUCCAUCACCGCGUUUCUGCUAUUGUUUCUGAAGAGAAUGCGAUUGAGCCAAGUUUAUCUGGCGGCGAUGGUUCGAUCAAACUCACUUAUCUGGAGGGGAACAGCUGGUUAUGGGAUGUGAGUGGUGUAAAAAUUUUGGUAGAUCCAAUCUUGGUAGGCAAUUUAGAUUUCGGAAUUCCGUGGCUUUAUGAUGCUGCCAAAAAGUUCUUGAAGAAUUUCCAGCUUAACGAUCUUCCCGAGCUUGACUGCUUAAUAAUUACGCAAAGCCUUGAUGAUCACUGCCAUAUCAAGACCUUGAGGCCGCUAUCCAAAAUGUUACCAGAUUUGCGGGUGAUAUCGACUCCCAAUGCAGAAACCAUUUUGAACCCGCUUUUCAGAAAUGUCACAUAUUUAGAGCCUGGUCAAAGCUCUGAGAUUGAAGGAAAAAAUGGUUCGAAGGUCAGUGUCCGUGCUACUGCUGGACCUAUUCUAGGCCCUCCUUGGCAGCGUCCAGAGAAUGGGUAUCUCAUCAUGUCUCCACAAAGCCAGUUAACUCUUUACUAUGAGCCGCAUUGUGUUUACAACCAAUCUUUUCUACAAAAGGAGAGUGCUGAUGUUGUCAUUACACCAGUUAUAAAGCAAUUGCUGCCAGCAUUUACUUUGGUUUCUGGACAAGAGGAUGCAGUUGCGCUUGCCAAGCUACUGCAAGCCAAGUUCAUUGUGCCAAUGAAAAAUGGAGAUCUUGACAGUAAAGGCCUUCUCUCAAGUAUCGUUUAUGCCAAGGGGACAAUAGAAUCAUUCAAGGAACUUUUAUCAAGAGAAUUACCAGAUGCAGAGGUAUUAGAGCCAAGGCCGGGCGUACCAUUAGAAAUUUCAGUACCUUCAUGAUUCCCAUAGUUUUAUCUCUGUAUAAAGCUAAUCCUCCAUUUGGUAUCUUUCAAGAUAAAUAAGGGCCCAUUUGGAUGGUGGGACUUCCCAA